GAUGAAGGACUUUCAAGAAUAUGGUCAGUUCCAUUUCCAUUGGGCCGAUUAUGUUGUAUUCGUGCUGAUGAUUGUUUUAUCUACCGGAACUGGUGUUUACUAUGGCUACUUCAGAAGAGAGAAAGCUGGCAAAAAGAUACCACACGCUGAUGUGGAAGCAACCAAAGCAAAGAGAACAACAGAUUUUGGUUCCUCAAAAAUGAAUGAAUACCUUCUGGGAUCACGAAAAUUAAAAAUAUUUCCGGUAGCCAUGAGUUUGGUCGGUAGUUAUGUCUCAGGUGUUACCAUACUCGGCACCGUAUCGGAAAUCUAUAAUUUUGGUACCCAGUAUUGGCUAAUCAUUGUAUCAAUUGUAUUUAUGGCCAUUGCUGUGUCUAAAGUGUAUUUGCCGGUAUUUGCUGCCCUUCGUGUUGGGUCCUCCUAUGAGUAUUUAGAAAUGCGUUUCAAUUCAACUAUUCGGAGUAUUGCUUCCAUAAUGUUUGUAAUGGAUGAAAUUUUCUUUUUGCCAAUUAUUUUGUAUGUACCCGCAAUAGCAUUUGGCCAAGUGACUGGCAUAAAUAUCCACAUUGUUAGCGGUGUUAUUUGUGUCAUUUGCGUUUUCUAUACCCUAAUUGGUGGUAUCAAGGCAGUUGUACACACAGAUGCCUGGCAAAUUAUUGUAAUGUUUCUAUCAGUGGUUGUUGUUGUGAUAUUGGGAACAAUUUAUGCCGAUGGUUUUACAGAUAUUUUCAAAACUGCUGCCGAUGGUGGCCGUAUUAUAUUUGCAAACAUUAACCCGUCCCCAUAUGAACGUCAAUCUUUGUGGGCUGUUUUAAUUGGUGGAUUUUUCUAUUGGACUUCAUUUAAUUCCGUAAAUCAAACAAUGGUACAACGUUAUAUGUCACUGCCGACACUGAAGAAAGCUCAAUGGUCUGUUGCCAUAUUUACAAUUGGUAUUAUACUGUUUAUAUCUAUUUGCUGCUUUGCUGGAUUGUUGGUGUAUAAUUUCUAUAGAAAUUGUGAUCCAUUGACUGCUGGUUUAAUUGCGAAUGACGAUCAACUAUUGCCGGUUUAUGUAAUGCAAACAGUUGGUAACUUACCUGGCAUUCCUGGUCUAUUCAUUGCUGGUGUCUUCGGUGCUGCUCUAAGUUCCUUGUCUGUUGUCUUAAAUUCAACAGCUUUAGUUGUUUUAGAGGACAUUGUCAAAGGCUGUUUCCGUUUUAAGCUAUCGGAAAAAUCAUCUGCCGUAGUUGUGAAAACAUGCAUUGUGAUCUUGGGUCUCAUAGCCGUCUCAUUGGUAUUUGUGUUGGAAAAGUUAAGCGGCAUUUUAAGUGUAGCCACAUCGGUAACUGCUAUUGCGGCAGGCACAACAUGCGGUCUCUUCACCUUGGGUAUGCUGGUACCUUGGAGUAAUCAUAAAGGAGCUUUGGCUGGAGCUAUUGCCGGUGCCAUUAUGUCUGGUUGGAUAUCGUUCGGUUCACAAAUAUCGUUUGCCAAAGGUGAUUUAGUAUCGCAAAAACUUCCAAUAUCCGUAACGGAUUGUCCGGCUAAUAUGACUCUACCCGAUGAUACAUAUAUUGAUGAAUCGGAUGUAUUUCCAUUGUAUAGAUUAUCAUUCCAUUGGAUAAAUCCAAUUGGUAUAGCAUCAACGGUUCUUGUUGGUACUAUAGUGUCAUUUUUAACAGGACCGACAGUGGUGAAAAAGUUGGAUGCUGAUGUUUUAUCGCCUGUUAUUCACAAGUAA